AUGAUCGCCUCGAUUGCCGUGGAGCGUCGCGGUGUCCACCCCCAUGCCGUCGCCCAAGUCUCCAUCGCCCGAUUCUCCAACAGCGGCCCGCUCUCGCUGGGAUACCUCGCCAUAAAGCACUCACAACUAGACGCAGUCGUCAGGUUGAUGAUUGUGCUUCUCAUCUUGACAACUCUCGCCGUGCAGUUUGUCUCAACGCUGCUCGUGUCUGACCUCCAGCAGAGCGAGAUCAUCUCGUUCGCGCGGACGGUGCCUACCUUGUUCUACUAUCGAGGUCGCGAGAGUCCAGCUAUUUCGACACGGGAGUAUCCCGAAGAUAAUGUGGAUAUGGGAGCCGAUCCAGACUACUAUUGGUUUCAAGGACCGCGCUCGGCCGAAACGUUCGCCGAGUACUCGGAGCCUCAGAUAGAUGUCGAUGGGAUAGAUGAUACAGGCCCGACCAUCCGAGCGUUUCUUCCAUUACCCUCGACGGACGCAAGGCAAUCGCUCGCCGAAUUUAGGGCCGGAAAUCAGUAA